CCGAGCUCCUUUCUACUGUCGUCCUCUUUCCUGGAUAACGGCUCUGCGACCACGACAAGAGGGUGGAAAACGAAAAGCUUGUGCGCCUACCUCUCUGCACGGAUAUUGGCUUUCCUCCAAUCGUCAGACAUCAUGGUGCGGGUCUCUCUUGUUCAAGGUGGAGAAUUAUCUUCAGCAGGAGCAAAACAUCAGCUCCGCGUCGAUGUUGAAGAACGUGUUGAUGUGCUAGAACUUCGACAAAAUCCACCUUAUCACGACUCUCAAGACCUUGCAUAUCAAGCGCCGUCAUUCUAUCCUUUCAACCCUCACGGCUUGGUUAUGGAGACGAUCCCAAAAACGUGCAACCUUUUUCUGAUGCCUCACCUUUGCCGAGAGUGGUCGGAAGGCAAGGCCUUCGAGUUCGACCCCCAUAACCGCGACGCGGCAGCAUCGGUCUUGCACAACUGCUUGUGGCGGGAGCAACAAUGGACAAAAAGUCAAGAUCAUGCCGUUGAUGGACAAGGUGAUAGAAACCAACGACGAGGAGAUGAAUUUUAUCCUGCCACGUAUACUUCAAAAAAGAGGGCUUGCUACGUGGUGGAUGUUGGCGCAAACGUGGGCAUGUUCACUGCAUUGGCCGCUAGUAUGGGAGCCUACGUUGCUUCGUUUGAGCCGCAGGGUCAGCUCACAGCGGCACUGCAAAACACUGUGGCUGCAAAUGUAGGAUGGCGCGAUCGCGUCAAAGUCUUCUCAGGUUUCGCUACGUUUGAUCGAACAAAGCGGAACCUCGUUAAGAAAGUCCUCAAGACGAAAUAUCGGCGCUCAGGGCCCGUCGAGGUGGGGUUGGAGGGUGUUGCUACGGCUACGACUGCUACAAGUGCUAGCACCAGUACAGGACGUCAAGGCAAGCCUGAUGAAGUUGUAGGCGAGGAUCGCGAAAGCGUGGUCUACGAGUAUGCCUAUGCUACGGGGGAACAGUACCGAUUGGGCGACGGAAACAAUUUUGGCCUUUUCCGUUGCAAAGCUGAAAAUGUGACGUUUACUCUUCUUCAAGAUGCUGUCCCCGAUGCUUUUGACACGAUGCUGGGAUCGAACGAGAACGUCGCAGCUGUUGAAGAAAAUGGGACUCGCACCAUUGUUACCGAAAAUCAAUCACGAACACGAAGUGCUACUGAGGUUGUUGACAUAACAUUGCUGAAAAUCGAUACGGAUUCUAUAGACGGGGAGCUGUUACGUGGUUUCCUUGAUCAUCAGUCUAGUGGCCUUUGGAACGUUCACAAUUGGAUUUUCGAGGGGACAGGAGUGACCGCAUCCUUGUUAUACUCUUUUCUGGAACAAAAAUACACGAUUUACAUGCUAAACAUGCAUAUUGGGUUUCGGUUCUUCAACAGCAGUGGUUGGGACAUCGUAUCAGACUAUCGGCCGUUGCCACCAAGCAGUGGCGUAAGUUCAUGGGGUCGCGAAGUUUUUUCGCAACGCCUAAUCCGAUACGCUAUUCAAGUCAAAAGCUUAGAGGAAUUAGAGACUGACUGCCGCGCGUCUUCGGCAGAAAGUGCUGUGGGCUUGGGAAUCCUUGACGAGAAGGCAGGUUCAUCAUUGAAAGGCUGCGUCCUUUCGCUUCUGGAAGCUGCAUCUUGGCCUCGCCGUGAAGUUACAGCAUUGGCGCACUUCUUCGUUACAGACGAGCAAUUUGAGGAAACGCCGGUGUUGCGAUGGGUCCACACAGGGCCAUGGUGGCCGACCGAAGAACCCGGGUCGGCGGACUCCAAAAAUCGCUAUGCUUAUCCGCAUCCAAAACUUUGGGAUAAGGCUGUCUACGAACGCGUGGAAGGCGCUGCGAUUUGGGAGCAAUCUGUUAGAAAACUAAGCGAGAAGACAGUGACGGAAGUCAAACAAGAGCAUGUUGAGUGGAAAGAAAAUGGGGUCAGGGACAAGACUGAAAUCAAAAAAAACGUGGAGACUAAAGAACGGCAGGAAAAAGAGUGGUCCCGAGUUCUGUCACCGCAUUUGGGUAACGCCUCGUGGCACUAUCGGCCGAAGCGUAACUCAGGUUUUCUACUGGGCGAUGGACUCCAGGUAGCUACGCCUGUUCGCGUUAACGGGACCUUCGCUGAGCAUUACCGAGGAUUACAUCGACGCCGAAGGAGAUGGAAUUGGAAGGAGAGACAUGCAACGUAACGUCAGCGUCUUCAUCCGUUAGAAGAUACGUAACGCAUUUAGACGUAGCACGAGCAUUGGGCGCGUGCUUAUUUCAUGCAUAUUUUUGCUGCAAAAGUUAAGGAACCUGGGGAAGUCGGGAUUGUAGUAGUAAUUUCUAAUGCACUUGUUGAUUCAUCCUGCCUCUUCGUCCCGACUCAUCCGUCUAACAACGCCAAAGAGAUUGUUGAAGAAAUGCAGCAAUUACAAGUAGGGCGCCAAAACCAAAUAAUUAAGUAGGUUGUUCCAUACCCUGCAUAAUUAUUUUUUCCUCACUUCUCAUUCCCAUUACCAUUUGUUUCUCGCCCUGAGAAUACAGCAGUACGAUUUUUUCUCUGCAUUCAUCAUUCUCUGUCGUUUUUUUCGACUGUCAUCGUUGAAAUCUUCUGUAAAGUAAUUCUCCAGACGCUUGAGCACGUAUGCCGCGGUAAAAUGGAAGGGUGUUCAAAAACAUCAAAUCCGUCUCGUCGAGAAAACGAGCUCCUGGAAUUUUCGAAAAACAGAUUGGGACCGACACUAAGACUUCGAAACAAUUUUUGAUGUUAUCGUUAUGACGUUGACGAGUAAAAUUCGAAAAUUUGAGAUGCUUGCUUUAUUUUCUGG